AUGCAAAACCAACCGACUAGAAUUCCUGAACCUACCCUUAAGCUGUUGUAUUCACUCUUUAUUUCAAACACUCCCCAGUCUUUGAAAGAUGAGUGGAAGUCCAAUUUCGCUCGCAUAUUUUCCGAGUUGGAGUAUGCUCAUUGGUUUUACCUAGACAACUGUCUCCAAGAUAAAAAUGAAGUUGGUCUUGAUCUCUUUGGUCUAUGUCAAGAAAUAUUUACUCGUUUCCCAAAUCUCAUUCCGAAGAAGACGAACUGGAAAGAGAAGUUUUCUGAAUGGAAACGUUAUCGUGGGGCCACGUGCACGGGGAGUGCGAUAAUUCUAGACGACUAUCUUUCCGCGGUCCUUCUGGUCCAAGGUUUUAACAGCAAUCGGUGGACCUUCCCCGGAGGCAAGGUGGGUCAAAGUGAGACUUUGCAAGACUGUGCCGUUCGCGAAGUUAUGGAGGAGACUGGGCUCGACAUCGAACAUCGAAUCGGCAAGGAUCUUUACCUCGAGGUUGUUGUUGGUGAGACGACACAUCGGGCCUACAUUGUGGAGGGGUUUCCUCGGACCAGUCGCCUUCAACCCUCUACGCAAAACGAAAUUGAGGCAAUAACAUGGUUCUAUCUGGCAAGUCUUCCAGCCCACUUACAGGAUAAUGAGCCCGUCGCAAAGAUGAAACUUAAACCGAGUCAUUUCUUCUGUGUAAUACCCUUCGUCAAGUGA